AUGUCAUGUUAUUACAAAUUACAUGUGGUUCAUUCAUUAAGAUUAUCUCAACCCCAUAACUUUUAUCUUCAAUCAAACCAGCAAGCAAAAUACAUCUUUGAUUUUGUACUUCUCUGUCGGCAGCUCAAACAAAUAUUCCUUCAAUAUAUUGUACCAAACCCUCAAAUCCCACACUCCCAAUCCAUCACUCAUUUUGCUAAUACAAAACCAAUGGAAAAUCGCCACGUCCUCUUAGUAACCUUUCCGGCGCAAGGCCACAUCAACCCCUCCCUCCAAUUCGCAAAGAAGCUCAUAAAAUUGGGGAUCCACGUCACCUUCGCCACCAGCCUCUCCGUGUGCCGGCGCAUGGCGGACACCAAGGGCCUAACCUUCCUUGGAUUCGACGACGGUUACAAGCUCGGCGACGACCCCAAUAUGUUCAUCGACGCGAUUCGAAGCCACGGCUCCACCGCCUUGAGAGGCGCCAUCGCCGCCGCAGCGGAGGAGGGCCGCCCCGUCACGUGCCUAGUCUACACGCUCAUCCUCCCCUGGGCGACCAAGGUGGCGCGUGAGCUCCACAUCCCCACCGUGCAACUCUGGAUCCAACCGGCCACCGUCUUCAGCAUUUACUACCACUUUUUCAACGGAUUUUCCGACGAAAUCACCCAAAAAUCGGAUAAUCCAGGCUGGAAAAUCGAAAUCCCCGGAGCUCCGCCGCUCUCCAAAACGGACCUUCCAUCCUUCCUCCUCCCUUCGUCUUCGGAAGCGGAUAAUUUUGCGCUUUCGGCGUUUAAGGAGCAGUUCGACUUGCUCGACGCCGAGCCGGGCAAGGCGAAGGUGCUCGUGAACACCUUCGACUCGCUCGAGGCGGAAGCGCUCGGCGCGCUCGACCGCUACGAGCUGAUCGGAGUCGGACCGUUGAUUCCCUCUGCUUUUGUCAACGGCGAGGGUCCGUCGGACAAGUCGUUCGGCGGCGACCUCUUUGUUAAAUCCGACGGCUGCAUCGAGUGGCUGAACUCGAAGCCGCAGUCGUCGGUGGUGUACGUGUCGUUCGGGAGCCUGCUCAAGCUCCCGAAGGCACAGACAGAGGAGAUCGCGGCCGGCCUCCUUCGCUCUGGGAGGCCGUUUUUGUGGGUAAUGCGAGGCGAGGAGAAGGAGAAGGAGGAGGAGAAGUUGAGCUGCUUAGAAGAUUUGGAUAAGAUUGGGAAAAUCGUGACGUGGUGCUCCCAGCUCGAGGUGCUGACUCACCCCUCCCUGGGAUGCUUUGUUACGCACUGUGGAUGGAACUCGACUCUGGAGAGCCUGUCGUGUGGGGUCCCGGUCGUGGCGUUUCCUCAUUGGACGGAUCAGGGGACGAAUGCGAAGAUGGUAGAGGAUGUGUGGAGGAUUGGGGUUAGGGUUAGAGGUAAUGAGGAUGGGAUUGUGGAGAGUGGGGAGAUUUGGAGAUGCGUUGAGGAAGUGAUGGAAGGUGGUUUGAAGAGUGUGGAAUUUAGAAAAAAUGCUAAUAAAUGGAAGGGAUUGGCUAGAGAAGCUGCGGCGGAAAAUGGAUCUUCUACCGUUAAUUUGAAGGCGUUUUUGGAGCAUGCAUCUUGAAGUAUGGUAAUGGUAUUGAUGUGGUCGCCUCAUUUUCCUUCCUUAUCGCGUUUUAGCUUGAUAAAUGGCUUCUAGUUGAUGCUAAUAGCAUAUAUAGUUGUGAUCGCAUGCAAGGUCAGCAGUGCUCCUAGUAAGUGGUAAAGUCUGAAUUUUUACGAUGGAGCCAAAUCACUACUAUUAUAGUCAAAUAAGUAAAUUGAUGGGGGACCAUGGGCCGCCCUGGCCCCAAUGUGGCUUCGCCACUGCUCCUAGUUAUGCAACGUCGUGCUUAGGCAUUGAGUACGCGCGCGUAUGGACAAUGGCUGAGCACACCUUUGCGCAUGCAUUUGGAUAAUUGACCGAACUUAUAAAUUAGUGGUGGAAUUCAUGUAUUGCAUGGUUUAAUUUUAUACUACUCCAUUCAAAAUUGUUUAGAUAUUACGUUUAUCAUUCUUUGGUCUUUUAAGAGAUAUGAAACUACGUACUUAACACUUUA